UUGAAAAACUAAAGAGCUGGAGACAGAUAUUUGUUGCCUUAUAGUGAAAAAAUAAAAAAAAACAAAAAAUACUUUUAUAAAAAUCCAAAAGAAAGAUUUAAGGAUGAAAGAGAUAUCAGGAUUAAAUCCUGUUACACGUGGAGCUAUAUCUGCUCUGCUCGGUCCCGCUCUAGAUCCUAGCUCACAAACCACAUCUAUACUCAACACUGUAGAUGAUCAUUUAUUCCUAUGGAACGCAAGAGAACAGUCUGUGCUUGCUGUAAACCUGUCUUGCAGAGGAGAGAACAAAAUUCAAACCUUAAACCUUGCAGACUGCCCUCAGCAUACAGUUUCAGGUUUGUCUGUGAGCAAAUCAGCUCGAUGGUUAGCAGUGUACGGAGAGGACGGAGUCACAGCAGUUGAGGUACCGCGGAGGAGUGGAGGGGAUGGGAGGUUUGGAGGAGGAGAUUCAGAACUCCUCUGCAGAUCCAUAUCAGUUUACAGAGAGCGUGAUGAUCGGAAGGUUCAGAAAGCUAGCUGGCAUCCAGGUUCUCCAGGAGAAAACCAUCUCCUAGUUCUAACUACAGAUGGAUCCCUUACUCUCUACUUUGUCGGAGAAACAUCGUCCCGUAUUUUCCAUCAGGUCAACCUCGGCGGGAGCCGGGUAGAAACCGCCCUCGGAGAAACGGCGGUAGAUUUCUGCUUUGGAGCAUCGGUCGAGAGAAAGGACGGGAAUAUUUGGCCGAUUUUUGUUCUCUGGGCGGAUGGCGAUGUUUUCUAUGUGAACGCUGAUUUAGCUGAGGAAUGGCGUGUGGAAGGCCCGGUAGAAGUAAACCCGCCACAGUCGACCGAUUUCAGUGUCGAAUCCUGUAGUAUUCUAGCCGUCGGCGGUAAAACAGGACCGCCGGUAUUAGUGAUUGCUCAGGUUGGAGGAAACAUCCUCCAUCACGUGAUGCUGGGAGAACCUGGAGGAAAGAUUAGUUUACAUUUAUACCAACAGUUGGAGUUGGACCUAGGUCCCCUUAACUCUACAGAUUCCGUAUUCUCCUGCCCAGUCCGUCUUAUCUCCGACUCCAGUAAUAAGAGUAGAUAUUUAGCUGUACAUGGAUCAGGACUCCACCAGGUUGAACUACCAAUCACAGAGAGCGAGAAUCUGAUCGACACAGAUCUUCAGUGUAUAGUGGAGCAUCUGAUCUGUACCCGUCCUACCCUGGACUCCACCCCUGCUCCUCUACUGGGAGCAUCUGUUUACUAUCCGCCGGCUACUCUAGUCUGUCUAAUGGCGGAUCAUUCUAUUCACACGCUUAAAUCCAAACCCUCCGCCUCCUUCAGUGCAUCCUCCCUCACAGAAAACUCUAAGGAUGAAACCCUGCAAUCCUACUCGUGCUCUUCGGAUAAUAUAGAAGAUAGAGUCAAAAGCAUCUUCUCCAGAGACUCAACCCAACCCCUGAUCAUCUCAGCACCUGGAACCAAUGUAACCCAAACGGAAACCCUGGAACUACUGUGUCGUGCAACGGAAACCCUGAAAGCUGAAUAUAUCUGCAAGAUCGUAAAAGUCCGAGAUGAACUUGCCUCGGAGAUAAAACUUCUAAAAGGAAAGAAGAGCAGUCAGGAAAACCUUCUACGUAAACUUGAAACAACAAGGAUGGAGUUGAGAAAGAACGCUGAGAGUUUGAGUGAAAAGUACGAGGACGUGAAGGAUCGAGGCUCCGACCUCGCGGCCCGGGUUGAGUCUGUCCUCUCCAGGGUUCAGACUAGAGCUCCGACGGCGAGUGAUGCUGAGCUAAAGAUGGCGCGAGAUCUCAAGAUGUUGAAGAACAAGAUGGAGCAGAUGAAGGUAGCAACAGAGCAACUCAAGGAGAAGGACAAAUAUCAGAAAUAUCAGAUGGAGAAUGUUCGGGCAGAUUCUAAACAAUGUUCUCUAACUGAAGAUCAGGUUGAGAACCUGAAGGAAGUUCUUCAAGGAGAUAGUUUAAUUAUUACUGAUCUAGUAAAACAAAUCAGUUCAGCUAGGAAGGAUAUUGCUCUGUAGUUGAACUGAUCUAGUGAAACAAAUCAGUUCAGCUAGGAAGGAUUUUGCUCUGUAGUUGAACUGAUCUAGUAAAACAAAUCAGUUCAGCUAGGAAGGAUAUUGCUCUGUAGUUGAACUGAUCUAGUGAAACAAAUCAG